AUGUCGGUCGUAUCUUCGAUUGUAACUUCUUCUUUAUCCUGUCCUAUAUCUCCCCAAUCGGAAUCUUUAGUCACAGUAACUCCUCAUCAGCAGUUUGCGAGUUCUAUAGGGGUCCUAGGAUGCAUGAUUGAUACCAAUCGUGUUGCAUAUUGGCCGUCACCACCUGAUUGCGGCGAUACUUUGUGUAUCAAAGUAACCUACAAUAAUCGUUCAGUGAACCUCCUGCAUAUCGAUCACUCUGGCGGUGCUUAUGAUAUCUCCUACGAUGCAUGGAAUUAUCUUUAUGUAGGGGAGCCUGCUACUCAAAAUCCUCAACAAGGUGGAGGGAUUUCUGCAAAAUAUACCAUUUUACCUAUGUCGGAAUGUGCAAAUAUUAUAACAUCUCCAGACAAAAGGCUUCCUCUGUCCGCAGCUAAUUCUAUGAACUAUGUUUCAAGUUGCCUAUCACAAUCUAACUCAUGGACUGCGAGUAACUCUGGAUUGUGGAAUAUUGCGACAUCAGCUUGCACAUUCGGGGUUAAAGAGGAAUGUGUAUUAAAUCUCGCAACCUCAAAUCAACCUGUAUGUCCUCAUCAAUUAGGGCUACAAAUACCCUUGAGAACAUUACCUGUUUUUGAUAUUGAAUAUGGAACAGGUAAUAAGGUCUUAGCUGUUUAA